CUUUAUUGUCAAGUGUGACGCAAACGUGGUGAAGUGAAGACAAGAACAAAUAUUUUUCGUAAAGUGAAAUUUAUUUCAAAUCCAUUAAAUAGGUAUUGAAACGAUAGGAUAGGCGUUAUCUUUUAUACAAUUACAUGUUUAUUGUACGCACGUGCUAAAGGAUUAUCAGUUUUGCAUUCGUGAUCGAACAGACUAUAUUGUGCUCUGCCUGCCCAUAUCAGACCUUCAAGAGAUAGCAGUUUUACGAAUAAAAAAUGAUUCCUGUUGAGAUAAAAAUGCAAAUAUUGACUAUGUUAAUUUUGUUAUUCAUAUCUUUGGCGCACGGGCAGGACAGAAAGAUAUCCUCUCAAAGGAAUCCUAACUGUGGCAACUGCACAUCAGGCACCUUACUUUACGUACGAGCUGAUGGCUCCCACGACACCGUGCAUCAGCUCUGGGACUUCACACAUGGGAUCCCUACCAUCAUCUUCAUAAUAUCGGGUCUAAAUGCUACAGUCAACAUGACCUGGGAUGAUAAGUCGCCCCGUAAGAUAUGGAUAACUGAACAACCAAAGUACAGUUUUGCGAUUGCUAUAGACAAGGUAUACGAAUACAAUGACCUACAAGACAACGGUUACAUAGACGCGCUGAGUCCACGGCGUGAGUUUUCGCUCGAUAAAGCCAUUUGGUCCCAAGAGGAUAUUCUUCAGACUGAUGAAGAGGUCUGGCUACAGAUGAGGACAAACUACCGACAGGAUCCCAAGCAAGGCUCCAUGCAGAUCAAGCUUGACCUGCUCCCGUUCAAAGACUACGCAGUGGAACUGCCCCACCUGAUCCACACAGCCAAUUCUACGCUCGUUGACGUCAGCUUAGUCAACUUCACACAAACGCGGGGUUAUAACGCGUCAAGAUUCGCGCUAAGAUUGAUAAUGGUCGGGACUGAUGACGGCGCGCUGUCAAUGAAUUACACUAUGAGGAAAAGCUUAGACGAUGAGCACACGCCUGGAAUUUUUGAGAUAAUCGAGAUUCGCACCCCGGAGUGUGCCCGCGGCGGGGACGGCGGCUUCCUGCAGUUCCGCCCCGUCGGCUACACGCAGCCGCAGCGCGGGGUGGCCUCCUCCACCAUGGCACAUGUGUCUACCUUCAACAAAACACAGGUCCCGCACGACAGCACUCUAAACGCGUUGUAUCGGUCUUUCGACAAGGACAAGCUGCUAGUUCAAAACAUGUUCAUUUCAUUCGGUGAAUCUGGUGAUGGAUACUACAAACAGCACAACUUUACUUCAUGGUCAUUCACGAUAGGCUACGGAGAGCCUCCAAAAGAGAGUUUCUCAACGUUCGUCAUCGCUAUUAUUAGCAUUGGUCUCGGUGUACCAGUGUUAUUGGCCCUCUCUGGAGUUGUGUACUUACUGGUCAGGAGGUACAGGCGACCAGGCCCCACCAGGCUGGUUGAAGAACAAUGACUCAGGUAUAGGUUUACUUUAUUGGACAGUGAAUAAAGGACUGUGUUAUAUGUAAAUGAUUCACUCUGUCGUGAGGCGCUUAGAAUUUCGCGCAGGAUUAUAUGUGAACAAAAUUAACGAGCAUACAUGUUUCAUGAAGAGUAAAUGAUUCUUAAACGCGGGAGACUUAUUACAGUCUGUAUAAUUUCGCAAUGGAAUAUAUGUGUAAACAAAAUCAAUUGUUCUAAAUCUUAUGAAAAUUCGGACUGUUAAAUUUGUUAACGUAUCGUCUUGCCUAAAAAUAGACUAUUCAUGUAAUAAUAUAGAGUGGCGACAGGUGGCACUUCGAUCUCGAUACACAGAUAAAAAAAAUCCGUAUCUAUGGAUUUAUUUUAAAUAUUUUUCAUUCAAAAUGGAGUAGUAUCUUCACUCAAUUGGUAUUAGUAAAAGUUCCUGGCUAUAUGUAGAUAACUUAGAAAGUAUAGAUGCUUCCAGGCAAUAAAACAUUUUUUCUCUUUUUUACACUUGGCGCAAUUCAUUAAUAACUUUUUUUUCUGUGGUCUUGGCCCGAAACAUAGAUAAUAUUGGAAUGUAUACAAUGUUUAUGUACGACGUGAAAAAACAUGUAUAUAAAUAAUAAAUGUUUUUUCACGUCGGGUACAGUUUAUUUAUUGAUUUAAUACUAAUAAAACAAUGAGGUAACAAAACGUAUGUCAAAGAAAGUGCCUAAAAUAUGUAUAAUGUAAAUAGGAUAGGUAAAUUAUAUUGAGUAAUCCAACGUCUGGUUAGUAUUUAUAAAAUAUAUGACCAACAUUAUGUGGGUUUCAUAAGAAUUUUCUGUGUUUAAACGUUGAUGUGCUCGAAUUUCAUUAAAAUUGUUAACAGCCAACAAUAACAUUAUGGAGAUAAAAAUAUUAAAUGUCCUUGUAGGAUAAUGAAAUGAGGAUCUGUACAAUGUAAUUAUGAGUUAUAAUAAAAUUGACCGUCUUAUUCAAGCACAGCACUACACCAUAUUUAAAUACAUAGGCCAUAAAGUUUUAGUCAAUAUUUAACCAUGACAAGCUAAGAGAUUGGUAGAAUUUAAAACAAUAGUUAAAAAACAUUGUGAUAGAUGGAAACAGUAUUGGAAUUGUUUUGCACAUUAUCUCAUUUGUUAGUUCUUUAAGUAUAGUAAUAUAUAGCAAGACAUAUUUUUUACAGACAGAUAUCAAACAUGUAUUAUUUACAAAAAUACAAUAGCCAGUUUUAAUUUGACGUGAUUAAUUUCUAGACGAAUUUUGUAUAUUUUUGUAAUUUGUUUAAGUUUAGUUCUUCUUAGCAUUGUAUUUUCGAUGUGAUAUUAAUUUGUUAUCAUUAUAUAUUAUUUCGUGUUUAAGAUAUUAAAUAAAGAAUUAAUUUUA